CAGAAACUAGCCCUCUCGAGUUUCUUUUACUGACCACCUCCAAAUCUUCACUAUCUCACAGUUUAUCAUACCACAGAACAGAACAGAAAAAAGCCUCACCAAAAUGGUCAAAUCCAAAGACACCGUCAUCGACGAAUUCAACUCCCUCGUCAACAUGACACCCAACGAGCUCCGCGACUGGCUCAAAGGCACCCAAUCGCAGUCCUCAGGCUGGACGAACGAGUCGUCCUCGUCGGGGGAGACGAUUGGACAUGAAAGCGGCCGCAAAAUCGUCUCCAUCCUGGAACAUAACCCGUCCAAAGAUCCAUCGGGAUACUCGGACGAAGACGUCGAUCAUAUGCGCAAGGUAGUGUCGUACUGUAAACGGCAUUUGGCGCAGGAGGAGACGGCCAAGCAGAAUACGGAUAGUAAGAGUUACAAGUCGUUGAAGAAUUGGGGGCAUGAUCCGUUGAAGGGAUAGAUGUAUUUCUUUCUUUUCUUUAUUUUUGAAUGAUAAGGGGUGGUUUGGGGUUGGUGGCGGUUGUGUGUCUGUGUGUGAGUCUGCUUUAUUGGUGUGUGAUUGUGACUAUGGUUGCGUUGGCUGUUGGGGAGUAUCGUGGUUGUAUGAUACAUUUUUACUCGAGAGGUCUAUCGAAUUCAGGCCAUUGUCUGUGGUAUGAAUGUUUC